AGAAUCCGACUGUCAGUAUAUCUUCUGGCAGUUAGUGGUGGCUCUAGAGUAUCUGCAUGACCUUCAGGUAACCCAUCGAGAUAUGAAACCAGACAACAUCCUCCUCAAACGAGUGAUGGAUCAGUAUCCAAUGCGCACCAAGAUUGUAGACUUUGGAUUUGCCAAGUCGCUGGACGAGGACAUGUACACAGAAACGGUCGCGGGAACUGGCGCCUAUAUGGCCCCAGAGAUCAAGUCACAGAGUGAGCGUGGGGUGGGCUACACCGUGCUGGUGGAUAUGUGGUCUGUGGGUGCAGUCCUCUACCACAUUCUCUGUGGGGCUCUACCGUUCCCGGACCCCUUCACACCGGUUGACCGCCAACCUCUGAACUUCCCGGACGAUCCCUGGGCCGAGAUAUCCGACGAUGCUAAAGACCUGAUCAGAAAAAUGCUCUGCCCUGCGGACGAACGUCUUACGGCGGCGGCAUGCUUAGAGCAUCCGUGGAUGAAACAGGAUCCUAAGCUGCCGGUCUUCUUCCCAGUAGGCGUGCGCAAUGUUGACCCGAAUUUAUAGUUAUAUGAGUUGCUGACGCGAACGCGGUCUAUGUAUUCUCAUUUGAGCAAAGCCGAUAUUUUCCACAUACGAUGUACAAAUAAAAAUCGGAUUGC